CGGGAGCCCCCGAGACCCCGCGGGACGGCGCGGCCGGGAGAGCCCUGCGAGGGUGGGCUCCGUGUCCUGGAGGCCCUGGCAGCCUCGGGGCUGCGCUCCGUGCGCUUCGCCCGGGAGGUGCCGGGGCUCGGGGCCGUCGUGGCCAGUGACUGCUCCCCGCGGGCCACCGAGCUGAUGGAGAGGAACGUGGCCAGGAACGGCGUCGGGGGGCUGGUGACACCCCGGCUGGCUGAUGCCAGGAUGUUGAUGUACCAAAGCAAAGCCCAGCGCCAACCCUUCGACGUCAUCGACCUGGACCCCUACGGGAGCCCCGCGCCCUUCCUGGACGCGGCCGUGCAGGCCGUCAGCGAGGGGGGGUUGCUCUGCGUGACCUGCACGGACAUGGCGGUGAUGGCCGGCAACAGCGCCGAGACCUGCUACAGCAAAUACGGCGCCGUGUCCCUCAAGGGCAAGUUCUGCCACGAGAUGGCUCUGAGGAUCAUCCUGCACAGCUUGGAUCUCCGCGCCAACUGCUACCAGCGCUUCGUGGUGCCGCUGCUGUCGGUCAGCGCCGAUUUCUACGUGCGCGUCUUCGUCAGGGUCUUCACGGGCCAGGCCAAGGUCAAGGCCUCGGCCAGCAAGCAGGCGCUGGUGUUUCACUGCGUGGGGUGCGGCUCGCACCACCUGCAGCGCCUGGGCAGGGCCACCAGCCACGGCAGCAGCUUCAAGUACAGCCCAGCCACGGGGCCGCCCGUGGGUCCCACCUGCGAGUUCUGCCAGCAGCGCCACCAGGUGGGGGGCCCGGUGUGGGCUGAGCCCCUGCACGACCCCACCUUUGUGGAGGGGGUGCUGGCGGCGCUGGAGAGGAGCCCCGGGCGCUUCCCGACGGAGCCGCGCAUGCGGGGGAUGCUGAGCGUCAUCGCCGAGGAGCUGAGCGAUGUCCCCCUGUACUACACCCUGGACGGGCUGAGCAGCACCAUCCGCAGCAACACGCCGUCGCUGCUGCAGCUCAGGUCAGCCCUGCUGCACGCGGGGUUCCGCGUCUCGCUGUCCCACGCCUGCCGCAACGCCGUCAAGACGGACGCGCCGCCGGCCGUGCUCUGGGACAUCAUGCGCUGCUGGGCCAAGCUCCACCCGGUGAAGCUGGAGCGGCUCCCAGACUCCAGCCCGGCCGCCCGGAUCCUCUCGGUGGAACCCACGCUCCAGGCUUCCUUUGCCCUCCACGAGGACGCCAACCCCAGCUCCCGCCGGCGCGGCCUGAAGCGAUUCCCCGAGAACCCCGAAGCUUUCUGGGGUCCCAAGGCCAGGGCCAAGCCAGGGGGGGGCAUCGCCCCCUCCCUGCAGGAGAAGAGGGAGAGGCUCCAGAACAAGAGGAGGCAGCGCCCGGACGGGGCCGGGCUGAAACAAUUCCCCUGCAAACGCUUCAAGGAGGGCACCUGUCCCCGAGGCGAGCAGUGCUGCUACUCCCACGAGCCCCCCUCCCCAAUAAAACAAAUCUGACCCAAAA